UGUGUGGAUUCAGAGGAUUUGCUUCCCCCUCUCAAAGAGCCGCUCUUCUUUGAUGAUUGGGCAGCGGCGAACUUCAAAGUCAUAAAUCUCACUCCUGACUGGCUGGCGGCCCACCAAAGUCCUUAUCAAAUCCAAAGAAGUGAUCCUUCACUCCCUCAGAUAGUCCGGGGAUAGCUGGAGGAGAGGAAGCGACGCGACCGCACUUUCCAUGAGAAGACGCGAACAAGUAUUUCUGAAGAACUGAAUUUGGCUGCUUUAAAUCGGGAAGCUUGAGGAGCUCGAGGAAGUGUUGCCAUGGCAGCUGUGGCUGUGCUGAGGAACGACACACUACAGGCAUUUCUUCAGGUUCGUCAAAAGUUUGAGAUAUUGUUGAAAAUGUCUUUUGUAAAGCGCGUAACGCAGAUAAACGGUGCUUGUUUGACGAGAUGUGUCUCUGAACUACGCAAAAUAGUGCAGGAUCGCACUCCAAACUCCUCACCGGAAAACAGCAAACAUUCUCCUCUGGCACUUUUAGCAGCAACAUGUAACCGGAUCGGUCAUCAUCACGGAUCCACUCCCACGGACUUUAUUCAAGUUCCCUACGACACGACCCUCGGGUCGCCAUCACGGAUUUUCCACCCGUGGAGUAACGAGGCGAAUCCCCAAUCCGCGCUUUCCAGCAAUUCCUCCUUUGGACUAUCCUCGAAAUCUCACCUGCAGGGUUCUUACACCUCCCACCAUGAGCUCCCGUUAACCCCUCCGGCCGACCCUACUUAUCCAUAUGAUUUCUCUCCGGUCAAGAUGUUGCCAUGUUCCAUGCAGUCGUUACAAUCAACCUGCCCACCGACCUACGUUCCCGCCGUCACCUACGCGGCGCCGGCCCCCAUCCCGCCCGCCAUGCCCGGUUUCGUGCCAGGACACUCGGGCCUGGUCCAUCAGCAGCAGAGACAGCUGUCUCCAAACCCCGGGGAGGAUAUACCGUGGUGGAGCCUUCAGCAAGGGAACCACGUCAGCCAUCCGUCGACCCUUGGCCCCCACCGCUUCCCCAUCCAGAGGGGUUUGGUGUUAGGACACACAGACUUUGCACAGUACCAGACCCAGAUCGCAGCCCUUCUCCACACCAAAUCCCCCUUGGCUACUGCCCGGCGCUGCCGGAGAUGCCGGUGUCCCAACUGUCAGUCAUCCAGCUCCAGCGACGAGCCCGGGAAAAAGAAACAGCACAUCUGUCACAUCCCCGGAUGCGGAAAAGUAUAUGGCAAAACAUCCCACCUGAAGGCGCACCUGCGCUGGCACUCAGGAGAGAGACCCUUCGUGUGUAACUGGCUCUUCUGUGGGAAGAGUUUCACCAGAUCGGACGAGUUACAGAGGCACCUGAGAACUCAUACGGGGGAAAAGCGCUUUGUGUGUCCGGACUGCUGCAAGAGGUUCAUGAGGAGUGACCAUUUGGCCAAACAUGUGAAGACUCACCAGAACAAGAAGAGCAAAAGUCACGAAAAAACUUCUGAUUACGUGAAAAGAGAAGAGCUGAGAACUGUGUAGUAGACUCAGAUGACCAUAGACUAGUGCAAUAUAAUCUUCAGGAUCCUAAUGAAGUGAAAAAUACGCUUUUUAUUUUUUCAUUAAAAAGGUUCAUGAGACUUACCUUUUUUUGGACUUGUAAAUAUGAUUUCAAGUCAUUCUCAGUUCCUAAAGGAACCCUGGAAAAUGUUUCCUGUCCCUGAGCUACUCAAAACAUUAACAAGUAUCAACUUGUGUUCAGAUCUCUGUCUUCGGUGGAAGAUUUCUUUAUUCUGUAAAUAUAUAUUGAUAGCUUUUGUUGAAUGAAAGUGUCAGUUUUUCGCUCCUUGUGGGGUGUUUUAGCAUGCUGUUAAAAACCAUCUGUUAAACUUUCAAAAUUAUUGUGUGAAAAUAAAGAAUAUGACUUGUACAUGCCAUUGAAUCAUAAGGCGGUGAGGUGGAGUUAUUAAAAGUGGAUAGAUUUAUUUUUUUUUCAAGAGGAAAAAUGCAAGUUAAACAGAUGUCAGAGUUCGAGUUUAUAGUGUGAGUGUGUAUGAAACGCUCAACAGAGAAACAGUGAAACUCUGUGAUUGCGUGAAACGUCCAGGAUGAUCCGAGAAUCGAGCACUGUGAGAUUUAUCAGUUAUUAGGAUACGUAGAGUUCUGAUGAGGACAGUUUUACACGGCAUUAUAUGAUUUGAAGUCAGCAAAAAUGACAAUAAAGCAAACAUUGACAUCA